AUGGCGGAUCGCACGGAGGCGCAGCCAAUGCAAUUGCAAAGGAGAUAUGGAUAUGAUGCGAGCGAAGCAAUCGUAUGCCACUAUUCAAGCGCAGCUCCAAUCCUUCUGUCCACAGUCCUGCCCCAGGAGCGUGUUGUGGUUGACGGUGCGCCGGAAACAGCUGCCGUCCCCGCCUUUGACGUGCGGCGAUCGGGCGUGGAACAAUCGGUAUCUCGAGCUCGAAUCCGGUGUCGCGAAGCAGUAGUAGUGCUGAUGAAGGGUUGCGCAGUGCCUGUAGGCGCGCUGGUCAUCGAGGGUGUGUGA